AUGGCGGCGGCGGGCGCGGAGGAGCGGCGCGGCGCGUGGGGGGCGGCGGGCCCCGAGCGCGGCCCCGGCCCCGGCCCCGGCCCCGGCGCCGUCCCGCUGGGCUCGCUGCUGAGCCGCCUGCCGCUGUCGGCGCCCCCGCCGCGCCGCCGGACCGCCAGCCAGUGCAAGCCGGAGCCGCCGCUGCUGCGCACCAGCAAGCGGACCAUCUACACGGCCGGGCGGCCGCCCUGGUACAGCGAGACCGGCGCGCCCGUGGACGAGGCCUUCGUCAUCGGGCUGUGCGGCGGCAGCGCCUCGGGCAAGACGACGGUGGCGACGCGGAUCAUCGAGGCGCUGGACGUGCCCUGGGUCGUGCUGCUCUCCAUGGACUCCUUCUACAAGGUGCUGGACGAGGGGCAGCAGGCGCUGGCGGCCCGCAGCGACUACAACUUCGACCACCCCGAUGCCUUUGACUUCGAGCUGCUCGUCAGCGUCCUCCGCAAGCUCAAGAAGGGCAAGAGCGUGAAGGUGCCGGUGUACGACUUCACCACGCACAGCCGGCGCCGCGAGUGGAAAACGGUGUAUGGGGCAAACGUCAUCGUCUUUGAAGGCAUACUGGCUUUUGCAAACAAGGAGCUGCUGAAGCUCCUGGACAUGAAGGUGUUUGUGGACACGGACUCUGACAUCCGGCUGGUGCGGCGCCUGCAGCGCGACAUCAUGGAACGCGGGCGUGACAUCGUGGGUGUCAUCAAGCAGUACAACAAGUUUGUGAAGCCGGCCUUCGAGCAGUACAUCGAGCCUACCGUGCAGGUUGCGGACAUCGUGGUGCCCAGGGGUGGGGAGAACUUUGUGGCCCUGGACCUCAUUGUGCAGCACGUGCACAGCCAGCUUGAGAAGCGUGAGAUCACUGUCAGGGCAACUCUGGCCUCUGCGCACCAAGGGCAGCCCCUGCCAAAGACGUUAAGUGUCCUGGAGAACACGCCGCAGGUGCGGGGCAUGCACACCAUCAUCAGGAACAAGGACACGACCAGGGAUGAAUUCAUCUUCUACUCCAAGCGCCUGAUGAGGCUGUUGAUCGAGCACGCCCUCUCCUUCCUGCCGCUGAAGUCGGUUACAGUGGAGACGCCCCAGGGGACGACGUAUGAAGGGAAGCGAUUCCACAGGCAGAGGAUCACCGGCGUGUCCAUACUGAGAGCCGGGGAGACCAUGGAGCAGGCCCUGACCGCCGUCUGCAAGGACAUCCGCCUGGGCAAGAUCCUGAUUCAGACCAACCACGACACGGGAGAGCCCGAGCUCCACUACCUGCGCCUGCCCAAGGAGAUCAGUGAGGACUACGUCAUCCUCAUGGACAGCACCGUGUCCACGGGAGCCGCGGCCAUGAUGGCGGUGCGCGUCCUGCUGGACCACGACGUCCAGGAGGACAGGAUCUUCCUGCUGUCGCUGCUGAUGGCGGAGAUGGGGGUGCACUCGGUGGCUUACGCCUUUCCCCGUGUCCGCAUCAUCACCACCGCUGUGGACAAGAGGAUCAAUGAGGAGUUCCACAUCAUCCCAGGCAUUGGUAACUUCGGGGACAGGUACUUUGGCACCGAUGCUCCCUCUGCCUGCUGUGAGAGCGAAGCCAUGGACUGCUGAGCUGGCCGGCCCCCGGGAGGGGCGCAGCGCCGCCGGUCCCUGCACCCCUGCAGCUUGGGCUCUCCUCCGCUGUGGGGCCGGCCCUGGCCGCCAACUGCCACGACAGAGGCAGGGGUCGAGGGUCUGCUCCUGCUGGGGCCUUGCUGUGCGUGGGCAGGCUCCGUUGCUGGAAUCUGUAUUUAUUUGUAUUUAUUGUGAGCAGCUGCCCACCUGGCUCUCCCGUUGGGCAGGCCAGCUACUUGAAAACCAUCAGGGAUCGGGGCCUUCCGCGGAGCCGCCGGCUCCCCACCGCUCCCGCACUCCGCUGCCGCCCUGCCUCUCCUCGGGGCGGGGGGCAGGAGGCAGGGGGAGCCGCGGCCCCCGCGGGGGGGUUUGAUAUUCAAACGCUCUCCCUUUGCAUUCCAGCCCCACGGGCGGCGGGGGCCCCGGUACCCCCCCCCGGGCUGCCCGUGCCGGAUGCCCCCGGGACCACGCAGCCGCCGCCGCCGCCGCGCUCCUUGCUCAGGUUUUUCCCCCGGCGGGGGGGGGCUCCCGGCCGGCCGCUGCGGCAGCCCCGGGGGCAGAGGCCCGGCCCCCGCCCCGCUGCCGCUCCCUCUGUGCCUGCUGGCUGCCUCCGUUUUGUACCGAAAUAAAGGAGCCGCGCGGCC